AUGGAGCAGGGACGGGGAAGGGGAGGGGGGGCGCGUUUGAAUGCAGGAGGGACCGGAAAGGAAAUUUCUGGAAGGAGCCGCCGCGCUGGGCCCCGCUGCGAGGCGCGCGCUCCUAAACCGUCCCUUGUGGAGCGCUGCGCGCGCUCCUGCACGGGGCGGGGAAAAGGGGGAGGUGGACGGUCGGGGAGGGGAGGGCCGAGCCGGGGGGGGGGCGCGGGGGGGGGGGCGCGGGGAGGCGCGCUCGGCCGCCCCGCGGGGUGUGCAGCUCGGCGGGAGGGAGCCGGGGAGGAGGAGGAGGAGGGGACCAGGGAGCUGGGUGGAAGCGGGCGGCGGCUGGUCGCCGCCUCCAGUCGAGCGGUCUCCGCCGCGUCCGCUGGGGGUUGCACGGGCCUGGGGGGGCACUUUUUAAGGUGUCGGGGUGCAGAACCGUUUAAAGGGACUGGGCCGGCGAGAAGCUCCGGCUCUGCUCCUUCCACCGACCCAGCCUGGUGCAGCUUUUUAGGCUUUGGGGGGGUAUCUGGGGGAGGGGGGAAAGGAGGCUGCAGGCGGGCCAGGGCAGUGGGGAGAAGAGAGGUUGUAUAA